AUGGCGCGGUCCCCACAAGAACGGGCGCCGGCCGCCCCGUCGACGAUGCCGGUGCGAGAUGUCUUCAGCUCAUUCUUCGCCCGAAGAUUCUCCACCAAUGCGGCUCCCUCCGCGCCGGUCCUAGAGACUGGGUCGCCGCUCCGUCGUAUCAGAACCGGCGCCCCUGUCAGGAAUGACCACCCGGAAAACUGGCGCAUGUUCAUGGGAGGCCAUGAUCCCGCCAGCCCGAUGGCCGAAGGUCUCAUCAACGUACACAACCACAACGUUAUGUGGAUGAUCUUUGUUGUCUCCUGUGUCAUGUGGCCCCUGAAGUGCAGAAUCUAA